AUGGAGAGGUCCAAGCUCAAGAGCGAGCUCAAGCCACACGCUCGCGCCUCUCUCUCACUAGCGGCCGUCUGGCCUCCUCUCUAUUUCGCGCGAUUUGAGAAAUGAACGCAACCCUGGCAGCCUACACACACUCGGACCUCAAAACGAUCCAGCGACCGACGACGGGGCCUCCUCGCGACUUUUGUUGCUGCUAACUGCGGUCGACCCUACGCCACCGCGCUGACGGUGCCAAAGAAAGAUAUGGAGAUGCCAGGUCGAUGGCUGCCCGCUCAACACGUCUCGUUCGGAUGUGUGACGUCGUCGUUUGAGCCCCUUGCGAGCGCUGAUGGGAAGGGGGACGCUGGUGGGAGCCUCGUCGUUGACGGUGCCACUGCCAGUGGGAGAACGAACGGCGUGGCAGUCGCACCUCAUGAGCAGGUCUCGGAGGAGGCACAGGGGAGAGGGAGAGGAGAACGGGGUGUGAUCAAUCCACAUCAGGUCAGUACUGAGAUGGGUGUGUUGUGGGGUCGUGCAGUGGAGCGAUGAGCUGGCAAGCGGCGAGCGUAGAUUGUUGAUUGCACUAAGCGGAGCUGGCGGAGGUGGGGGGCAGCGGGGGGGGGGCAGCGGGGGGCUGGGCGUGUCGCGAAACACGAACGCCGCGAUCGAGCUGUGCUGAGGGGGGGACCAAGGAGGGCAAUCGGCGAAGAAAUACACGGAUCAAAGUUUGAGGCACGAUGUGGAGGUGCGAUGUUGGUUGGAGUGGCGUGCCACGCCUAGUAUCCGUCGCAGCACCCCCGGGGGACGACCCUGACAGCUCAUCAUUCAGCCGCUUCCAAAUCGCGCGCUCCGUUGCUCAAUAUUUCUGGGCAUCUCAGCAGCGUGUACUACAACUGACAGACCAUCCGCUUGCGCUGGUACAGGUCGCACUAGAAGUAGGCGACGAGGUGUACGUCUUUGAGGUCUUCAAGCCGGACGACGCCGACGAUCCGCUGUGGUAUCGAGGCUACGCCGUGUCGACUUCGCCUCGGCCGAGGUUGCCGACGAGCAUACCACUCGACCAACAGGCCUUUCCAUCGACGACACCCGCUUCACCUGGGUUGAGCCUCACUGAAGAGCCUCAAGGUGCGUUUGGGCUCUGGGCCGAGCGCCGACCGCUGCCCCGAGCUAAAGCUCUCACGUGAUCUUACCGGCGCUGAGCGACGUUUCCUUUCCUGCGCAACAGUCUCGGUCGGCAUCUUCCCAGCGUCGCAUGUACAGAUCCGGGAUUCGAUCGACAGUAGUGAACACUCGGAAUCGACACAACGAAUAGCAGCCGAUGCAGCCUGCGCCUCCGCUAACGGGGGAGGAGCACCUCGACCACCGACCCAUCGUGAUCUAAUGGCAGGGCGUAUGGAGCCCUUGCAGGAAGAGAAUGAGGACGAAGCGACCGACGAGAUCGGCAACAUCGUCGUAACGUCGACAAGAGAGCAGUCGAGGCAGAAGAACCGAGCGUCUGUCAUUUCCAUCUCUUCGUUCGUCGGAUCGCUCGCGACCGAAUUGCAGACCUCGUUCAAGCAGUCUCGUUCAUUGCAAUCCCCGGACGGGUUCCUCGGGAGGAUGUUCGAUCCUCGGCCUGCUCCGCCACUACCGAACCUCAAGUGCGGCGACGAAACCGCGAGUGGAUUGGAAGAACCGCUGAUUGACGAGAUCGCGUGUGCGUUGAGAGAGUGGGCGUCCCUGCUGUACACCCAUCUCUACCGACGCGACUACGCCCUCUUCGACUCGGUCAAACAACACAUCGAGGUGCUGCACAGUGGGAGGAAGCAGCUUUUGGCCAAAGGUCUGAGUCGAACCGAGACGGACAAGUUGAGGAGGGAACUCGUAUCUCGGCUCGUGCAGGGGAAUGUCGAGCAAGGGCUUGACGUCAUUGUGCGACACCCUCAGUACGGCGGGUUCGUUGACGUAGGUGUGGAAGGCGAUAUUGAAAGAAAGGCUUGGGUCUCGGUCGUCAAAAUGUGUAAGGACGUGUUUGGCCCCCAACGUCGAGUGCUGCGCUCGCUAACCUAUGCGUUGGCAUCCGUAGACGCAAUGCAGGUUGCGCUGGCUUAUUCUGGGGCCGACACAAAAUCAGCGACGGCAUCGGUGCUACCUCCUACCGCUCCGGCGCUAUCCGAUGAACCCUCCUCCUCACCCAUCACUUCCAGUGCCAGUCGAUUUGCCGAGCCCAACUUGUUCCAGAUGACGCCAGACCAAACUCAGGCCGCGGCACCGGCUGUUCCGCCGAAACCCCUGGCCAAGUUUCACCACGUCUUUGUCGACGUGCGCUCGUUCAACGCAUCGCCUUGCCUACCGGGUGAACUCGUAGAGCUCUACUUUGCCCUCUUCAACAAGACCGACUCGAGGUACAUCACCGAGGAGUGGUGCGUCAUCUUGAACCACCUCGGGCAACACUUCAACGAUGCCGAGUCGAAGCAAGGUCGCAUGCGCACGCUCUUCCUCGAUCUAUCCCAGAGUGAUGUGCAAGAUCAACUCUUCCUGGUUUGUCGCAUCGUCAAGAAUGCCUCGAACAAGAACGCCCAUGGGAGCCCCGAGCUGAGCUCGACAUCGACCUUGGGAGGAUCAUUGAGGAGGCCCUCCUUCUUUCCGACCCCUGGUUCACCUCAAUCGACCACGACUGACGAUGCUUCGACAAUUCCUGGCUUCUCGAUGUCGGCGACCGACCUCAGCCUCGCUGAGCAUGGUGGAAUGCUGCUGAGCGAUGCGAGCGGUCGUCAGACCUCGCGCAGGCCGUUCGGGUGCGCCGUGCUCGAGAUCAGUCAGUUCGCCAAAGCGAGCGAGACUUCGGCCGAACACUCGAUGCCGAUCUUUGUUCCCGUUCACGAAUCUAACUUCUCUCUCCUCCACGAGGACAUCAUCGCGAGUCGAAUUAAAGAGAUCGAGCGUAACCCAUGCGCCGAGUCGCUUUCGGUCAACGUGCGGAUCCUGUAUGGUGAAGCCAACGCGUUGCGCAAGAGUAUGCCGCAGCUCCUCGAUGGAGUGCCAUUGACAAAUCGGUUGGGCUUCCCUGACGUCGUUUUCCCCGGGGAUCAGCGCAACGAGAUCUACCUCAAGAUCUGGAACGGGACCUUCUCAAGCGUCAGUGGGAUGUCAGGGACGACGAGGGGUUUGGCCCAACUGACGGCAGUCGCUGGAGGAGGGGCGAAGAAUAUCGAGGUUACGGCUGAAGUCAGGACAAGGGAUGGUCGAGCGGUCGAAAGGGCCAUCUCGCGCGGGACCGGAGGACCGAAUGUGACGCAGUUCCAGUCCAUCACGUACAAGUCCAACAACUCGCCUAGUAAGUGCAUGUGGUCGACGACACUGUGAGCAGACGCUGUGAGCUGACGCAUACGCUACCUUUCUUGCUGCAGCUUGGGCCGAAUUGCUCAAGCUCGAGAUCCCGGUCGAGUUGAUGGAGAGCUGUCACGUCUUCUUCACCGUUCGAUCGCGUGGGUCGAAAGAACGUGGCCCACCCGGGGCAACAACAACCGAGCGACCAUUCGCAUUUGGCUACAUGCCCCUCUUGCUCAACAAUUCCGCAUUCCAAUCCGAUGGAUCUCAUGUGCUGACGAUGUACAAGUAUGACGUCAACGCUGCGAUCCCCUCCGUCUACCUCAAGGCGCCGUCACUGCGCACGGCGGAUAGCAAGGAGGCGCUGGAGGCGUUGCCGGCUUACACAAACAAGACGCUGGUCCUUGUGAAGGACACCUUGACGGUGCGAUCGUUCCUCGUCUCGACGACCUAUACGCAGAACGAAACACUGCUCAAGCUGCUGCGCUGGGAAACGGAGCUCAUGCAGGACAGCGAGGCGCUCAAGGAUACGCUCACCAAGCUGCGCUUCUGCAGCGAAGUCGAGGUGUGCAAGUUCCUACGACCCAUCUUUGACGCCUUGUUCGGGAUCCUUGCAAGGCAUCCUACCGGCGAUGUCGACGAUCUCGUCUUUCACGCGCUCGUCACGAUCCUGGGCUUUGUCUCGGAUCGACGAUUCCACAAUUUCCGACCCGUCUUGAAUGUCUACAUCGACCAGCACUUUUCCAAUUCGAGCGCUUCCUCGCACAUCAUUAGCUCCCUACACAAGCUGCUACGUGACCCCUCUAGUCCCGAGGCGGGCACGACAUUGCGUGCGAGCAUCAAGGUGUGGCACUACCUGUUCAAAUUCGUCGUCACCUCUCGCGAGAUCCAACGCGCCAAGGACGUCGGCUCCGGCGUCACGUCCGAUCACCUCGAAAUGACUUUCAAGCGUGACUUGUCGGCCCUGUUGACCCAAAUCAAUUUCCUCAUGCGUAUGUCAACGCCUUCGUCCAUCAUUGGGACGCAAACGUUGGCGGUGCAACACUUCGCGAGCAUCAUUCCCGAUUUGGCCAAAUGCUUUGAUCCGCAAGAACUCGCUAACCUGGCGAUCUCGUUCUGCGAUUCCAUCACUCCCAAAGGCAAGAUUGCGAUCUGGAAGAUUCUUCUGCAGAGUCAACUCGUCAACGGGGUGCUCUUUACGACUUCCGUCGGUCGAGCUGCGCUGGUACCGAACCUCGUCCGCUGGCUCAAGUCGGCGCUGGGCAAAUUUGACGAGCAUGCCAUGUGCUCGCCCAAAGACACGGAGGCGAUGCGUGACAAUGCUCGAGUCGCAUGGGUCGAAGGAAUACGGCUCGCGAAUGGCGUCGUCGCGGCCAUGCUCGACUCGAUUCACACCGCACUGGUCAGCCCCGAGGUUCAAGCAAGUCGGGGCCAGCUCGCACAAGAGCAGGACAACAUCGAGUACUUGUUGGCGCUGGCCCCCAAGUUGCUCGAAUCGUAUCGCGAGCUUGAGAACAUCGCGAACCUCGAAUCGAUCGCUCGACAGCGGUCGACGGCUUCCGUCAUUGCCGCGGUCCCGACCGUCUUCCCCUCGAGCUACCCGUUCUCGCUCAUCGCGCUCCCGCCUAACCACUUGCAUCGCGAGAAGGCGAGACAGCGCACCAAAGCCCGGUCGCAUGUACCUGAUGCACAGUCGGAUGAGGAUGAAGGCACGCCUGUGUCACUUCAGGGUGGUGUUGGAGAAGUCGCCUGCGUCUUUAUUGCUAUCUUGCAUCUUGCCCCCUGCAAGAUCUUCACCAACUGGCUCGAGUCGAUCUCCGAAGUCGAAAGCAAGGACAAGUUCGGCCAAAUGCUCGCGCAGAUCUUUCGCGUCUCAAAGUCGAUCCUCUCCGACGAUGGGACCUCCGCGGCCUUCCCUUCGGAAUGGCUCAGUAUCUCGAUCCUCGCGCAUCAGGUGAUCGUCAAGAUCCUCGAUCCGAUCGCCGACAUUCUCGAACGCGAUUUCAUCCCUGCCUCAUCGGCAUCGUAUACAUUCAACACAUCGCUCUGGCGAGACUUCUUCAGCAUGCUGCUGCGACUGUUGGGGAGCCCGCAGUUGCUCAUCGAAGACUUUUCGCCUCAAAAACGAAGAGCCGUAUGGAGACUCGCUGGGGAUCUCCGAGGCGAAGGGGCCAAAGUGCUCGGCCGACUGUGGAACGCCAUCGGCGGGCCUGAGCCGCGAUCGACGGCAAGAACCGGCGGCUAUCAGGUCCAAUUCGUUCCGGGUCUUGUCGGGGACGUCCUAACGCUAUGCCUUUCGCACCACGACGAGCUGCGCAAAACGGCCGUCCAAGUCCUGUUCUCCAUGAUCGUGAGCGAAUAUUCCCUCAAUGACGACUUCAGGGCCAUCGAAGCCGAAGUGAUCGAUCGCCUCGACAAGCUCUUCAUGUCCCAAACGAAGAACCACGAGAUCUCGCGCGCUUUCUUCGUCAGUCAACUCAAGACCUUGUUCGACGAGGCCAAGAUCGAGACCAAAUUGAGGGAACAGGUCGAGACGUUCAUCGCUUCGGUUAAUUCGUUCUUGGAUUUGUUGUUGGCUGUGAGGAAUCUGCCGGAUGGGGAAGAGUAUCAAGAGGAUCGGAUUAUCAGUACGCUCAAAUUGAUGUCGUUCAUUCGAGGGAUUGGGAGGAGUGAGAUCUUUGUGCGCUACGUCGACCGACUUGUUUCCUGUGAGUGGGAAGUGUUCCGGUGGAUCUCGAAUGUGCCAUGACUGACCUAACGUAUCCUCAUAGAUCACAUUGCUCUCGGGAACGAAACGGAAGCGGGUCUGACGUUAAUGCUUCACGCCGACCUGCACACUUGGGAUCUCAAGACUUAUGUCGAUGCGCUUCCGGAUCUCGGCUUCCCGCGACAGACUGCGUUCGCACGAAAAGAGUGCGUGCAGAUGAGGUCCUUCGCGACAUGAAGAUUCCUCAAUUGACUUUUCCCCCACUCGGCACAGAUCGCUCUACAUGCGUAUCCUGGAGCACAUGACCAAAGGCAAAGCCUGGGAGACCGCUCUCGCUUUGUGCAAGGAAUUGCAGCAGCAGUACGAGACGCAUAAUUUCAACUAUGCGCGUCUAUCGGAGCUAUUGAUUCUCCAGUCCGAGCUGUACGCGAGCAUCAUCAAGGGCGAUCGUCAAUUCGGGUAUGUAGUUGACCGAGACCGAGAUCACCAGGAAAUCAAGGACUGAUUGGCUGGAUCUUGACUGCAUACAGCGACUUUUUCCGGGUGGCGUUCUACGGCAAUCGAUUCCCCUCUUCUGUUUCGGGCAAGCAAUUCAUUUAUCGGGCGCCGCCGAACGAGAGAUUGGAAAUGUUCACGGAGAGAAUGCUUAACAAGCAUCCGAACGCGACUUUGCUCAAGUCGUCAAUGAUCCCACCCGACGACGUACAAUACUCCGACGGUCAACUACUUCAAAUCACCGCUGCUACGCCCGAACCGGAUGCGACGACACCCAUGUUGACCAAUCCCGAUGUACCACCCUCGAUCAAGGCCUACUACCAGCAGAACGAGACGCACAUGUUCAGCUUCUCACGUCCUUUCGUACGAGAAGGUGGAGAUAAACCCAGCGCGGAGAGCGAAUUCAUGAACGAAUGGGUUGAGAAGACCGUCUUGAUCUGCGAGGAUUCGUUCCCUACCGUUUUGAGGCGGUCCGAGGUUGUCGAGAUUCGCAUCAUCGAGAUCUCCCCGAUCGAGAUGGCGAUUGCAGACGUCGAAUCGCAACGCCAAGGACUGAACGAGUUGCAACAACAGUAUACGACAUUGGGCCUUCAAGAUGCGUCGUACGAGUCGGUUUCGCUAGAGAGGAUCAACACGCAGGCCUUGUCACUGGCUUUGAACGCGGCCGUCGAUCCGCCACCGCAACAAGGGGUGCCGAUGUAUCGUCGCGCCUUCUUUGGGGUGGAAUAUGCCGUGAUGAAUCCGGGCAAGACGUCGUUGAUCCAGAAGUUGCAAGAGGAGAUCGAUCAGCUCGUGAGUCCGAUCAGAGUAUUCAAGAGUCCUCGAGUCUCAGUUCUGACCGAGUAUCGUUUGGCUUUCAUCAGGUGCUCGUCAUAGGUAGAUGCCUCAAACUGCACGCCGUUCUAUGUUUCCCGGACAUGGGCCCCUUCCACGCGACCUUGGAGAAUUUGUACGCCAAGACGUUCGCGAACGAAUUGAGUCGGCUUCCCGAAGAGACGUUCGACGCGACUGAAUUCGCCAUCUUGGAAUCCGACGGCGCUGCCCCCAACCCCAUGAUCUCCUCGCGAUUCCCUACGAGGGCCAAUGGCGGAUCGUCGUCCCGCAUCACGGGAGGUUCGAACGCGCAGCCCGUGCUGCGAACGCAAGGGAGUGUCUUGGUUUCAGCUGGGAAGGAUCCGACGCUCGCUCGAGCAGACGUUGCUACGCCGACGAGUUCGCCGGGUGGGUUGUCGAGAUUCAACAGCGUCAGUACGUUGACGCCUUUGAAACGAAGGGAAUCGACGUCAACGACGGUCGCUGCGGGCGUCCAUGGAUCGCCUUCCUACGCCGGGUAUUCCAUGACGAGUGGAACGUCCUCCCUUCAGAGAUCAGGAUCGAUGCUUUCGAUCGCUACGACGGCGACGACGACGACGACGCACCCAGGACCGAACGCCAGUCGAACGACCUUGGAUUCCCUUCAAGCACGACGCCCUUCUUCACCCGCCACAUUCUCCAUCAGUUCGACUUCGACGGCGACGAAGAGGAAACCUUCUUUGGCGGGGGAUGUGUUGUCCAAGCAGACGUUGGCGAAUUUGGCGGCGCCUUUCCAUGGCAAGAAUGGCGGUGGGUCAAAGACCAAGGAGAAUGGAGGAAGGAAUAGCGUGUUUGGAAACUUGUGGAAGAGGAAGGGGUCGACACUGCCGACGGGGCAGGAGUCCUCGGAUCAGUUCUGA